UAUCGCUGUUGUUUUUUGUUUGUUUUGUCAGUGGGCACUGGGCACAGAAAAUCAAUAAGACAGAAAUGGGAGCGGAGCACUCGCAGCAGCGUGUGGAGGCCGAUGGCCAUGAGAUCUUCGAGAGGCGAGAGGCUGGAAUCGGUGCUAAUGCCAUAAGCGAUGGCAGCGCCAUGGCACUGGCAGCAGCCGCUGCAGCGGCCACCAAUAAACGACGUGUGCAACAGAGACAACAAGUUGGUGUUGGUGCGUCAGGAGUGAGUCCUGGUCAGUUUGUAGCUGGCACAGGGAACAUGCCAGCGAGCAUUGUGAUUGCCAGCAAGCAGAUUAUUUCAGAGACUGCAUCGCCCACAAGCUCGGAGCUAAGUCGUCCGCCCUCGCCACCACUGAGCGUAUGCUCGGACUUGCCUUACGUAUCCUACACGGACCGCCCCAUUGGCGAUUCGCCCAAGAUACGCAGUCGACCUUCACACAUGCUCCAGCAGAGCAGCGCCAGUCGCGCUGCAGCACGCAAAUCACAUCCCAGUGGCAUAACCAGCAGCAUUAAGCCAAAGCGCCCACAGUCAACAGCUUCCAGCCACAACAUUGUCAUUGUUAAGCCCGGUGCACGUGAUGCUCUGGAUGACAUUGAUCCGGACCUAACACGUUUGCGUAAUAUACCACAGUUCUUGCCAGUGUUGCGCGAAUCCAUUAGCUCGGCAACGUACACACGCGAUGUGGAGAUCUUGGAGCGCCUGCAGUCACAGCACUUACUCAACAUAUGCGGACGCAUGCAAACACACCUGAAUAUUUGCGCCAGCCAUGUGGCCAACGAACAGAAUCAUCUAGUGGAGCGCACCAAGGUGGUUAGCAACUCCAUUACCACGCUCUUUGCCAGCUUUGUGGACAUGCAGAAGACAUAUGCCUCGUAUGCAGAGCACUUUGCCAAAAUCCGUGCCGUCUCGCAGCAGCUCAGUCGCUGCAACGCGCUGCUGCAUGAGAACAUUGCCAGCCUGGAGGCUAUUAACAAUUUCCUGGACGAUGAUGAUCGUUUAGAGCCAUUUGUUUGGCGCACCGAUGAUAAUAAGCUGCGCGGCGAAGCCGAGGGUGCCGCUGGUGGCAACAGCAAUCGCCUGUGGCGCCUCUAAAACAAAUCCGUUAUUUUUAAUACUAUUAUUAAGCAUAUUUAUUGUGUAUAUAUUAACAAUACAUGCUCAUGUAUAUGCAUGUAUAUAUUUAUUAUAUUUACUCCUUUAACAUGUUGACAUUGUUUCUAAGCCAACUAUAUUGAGAUUUAUUGCUGCCUGAUCUCUGAAAUUAUAGUCUACAUACAUAUAUUCCAGUCGGAACUUAAAAAUCCAAUUAUAAAUGUAAUGUCUGUAAAUAAAUGUUUAACAGCAGAGCAUAUGAAUUAAGCGCGUCAAAAUUGUAAUUCAAUUUAAAUAAUU